CAGGAAUGUGAAUACACAGAUGUUACGUAUAUACUGCCUUGGGUGUUACCAAGGUGUUACUGGAGAAAUACCGGAAAAUAUCACUUCCUGAAUCACAGAAAAAUAAUAGCAAUGGCAUCGAAUAGCUCUGAUACACCCAGACCUAAGCUGGUAGUAUUUGAUCUCGACUACACCCUGUGGCCAUUCUGGGUGGACACACAUGUAACGCCUCCAUUUCACAAGAAGGGUGGCGAUGUGUUCGACUCGUUCAACGAGAAAGUGAGGGCGUUCCCGGAGGUGCCGGACGUGCUGCAGUGGCUCCACGACGAGGGCUACAUCAUCGCAGCCGCGUCGCGAACCGGCGAGAUCCGCGGGGCCAAGCAGCUGGUCAAACUGUUCGGCUGGGAGAAGUACUUCAAGUAUGCGGAGAUCUACCCGGGCUGCAAGAAGAAGCACUUCUCGCGGUUCCGAGCUGAGUCGGGGCUGGAGUACUCGGAGAUGAUUUUCUUCGAUGACGAGGGGCGGAACAUUCGAGAUCUGAAGGAAGUGGGAGUCGUCUCGGUGCUAGUGCCACACUCAGGGGUUACGCGGAAACUCGUGGAGCAGGGUCUGGCUCAGUUCGCCAAACAAAGACGGGUCGGGGUAGAGAAAUGAUAGGAUGUUGUAGAACACUAGAACUUUCAACUAUGUAUGACGUUUUUCAUUGUCUUCAUUCAAGUUAUUUAUGCUUUUGCUUGGAUAGAUGCCUCCUAAUAAACCGUGAGUGUUCUUCUCACUAAAUGUUCUUCUCACAAAAUGUUAGUUUUUGUUUUGUCCUUGCGUGUCUUGCAAUCAUGUGUCUGAGCACAUUGUUACAUGUACAGCCCACCGCUAAAGUAAUGUAGGGUUUUACCAAUCUCAACGGUUGGGUUUGACUGGCGAUUGUUUAAUGCGGAGUGAUCGAAAAGAAGAUGUCAAUAGCUAAAGUUGCUGCUGCAAGGGUGACAAUACAUAUAAGCUACAUUCAAAGUUUCAUUGUAGUCUGGUUAAUCGUUCCUAAGCUUCAGAAGCAGAACAUACCCAUGACUGAAACCCCACAUUACUUCUGCUGUGGACUGUACAUACUGUGUACAUUUAUAAUACCUACUUGAAGGUAAUUUGUUAAAGUGUUUCUAUUUUUUUCUUUUAUGCCGUAUCCGGUAUCACAAUGCUAGUUAAUUAUAGCGUAAUGCGUCUCGGGAAUUUCAAAUCCAACUCCCAGUAUGUAUGAUGCCUUUCACCCGCCGGUGCUGUACUACGAACCACGAAGCCUCAUUUUUGUGACUGCAGUUUUUGAUGUGGCAGUCAUUGAUAAUUGAGAAGGCUCUGCAGCAACGAUACGCGUAAUUGUUGCGGUUUCAAUGUUUCCUCCUCGUGGAUGAGAAUCCGUAUCAUGGACAUUUCGAAUCGGUUUUGUUUAUCCAUGUUUAUCCAAAAAUAACAAGUGAUACAUUC